UUCUUCAAUCCAUUAAAAGCAAUAAUGUCGUUUUCCCCUUCUCCUUCAUUCUUCUCAGUGUUUCGUUCUCCAAAGAGAUCCCCCAAACACACGAAGAAUAAGGUUGAACGUGAUCUUGAUCAUCAUCAUGCAGGUCCCUCCAUUGAUGCGCCAGAGGUUGAAGCUGUGGUAUUUCCGUCGCCAUUAACAAUAGUUUAUAACAAUGGAGGAGAAAGCGAUCGGAGAAUAAUGAGAGAAGGUGGUGGCGGUGGCGAUAAUGGUGAUGAUGUUGAAGUCGAAGAAGCGUGUAGAAGGUUCGAGAAGCAUCUAGUGGAAAUGAUAGUGGAAGAAAGGAAGACGAAGGACUUGAUGGAUGUGGAGGAGCUUCUGUGUUGCUGGAAGAAGCUCAAGAACCCUGUGUUUGUUGAUUUAGUGUGUGGAUUCUAUGGAGAACUCUGCAAGGACUUGUUUUCCUCCCAAACUAUUCAUGAGAAAAGUUAGUGUUUUAGAAUGAACUAAUUAAUAUGAAUAAUAAUGUAACCUAGCUUGUUAUUAUAGAUAUAGAUAUAGAUAUAUUAAUAAUAAUCUUGAUGCAUGCAUUGGUUAUAUA